UUGAUUUGAUAGCGACUCCCUAGGGUUUUGACUUGGUGGUCCAACUUAAAACAACCUCAAACCUUGCAACUGAUAGUGGUCUCAUUAUAUUCCUCUCUUUUCUCUCUACUUAAAACCGACCAGCGAUCAACCUGAAUAAAAUAAUCAAGGUUUUCUCAUCUAGGUCUUCUAAAUUUCUUAUUAGAAUCUCUUUAUCCGCCUCAAAAUUAGGUAUAUCUUUCAACAGCAUAGUUUUCUUUCAGGUUGAAAACUAUUUUGAACUUAUUGAAUCAGUUCUAAAAUUUCUCUGAUUGUUGAUCUGAUUAAUCAACAUUAAUCAAAUCAAAAAAGACUCCAACUUUCACUUGAUUUGAUCUAAAUCGUUUUCCUUUACAACCAUGAAUUUUCCAGACGAUAUUCCAACCUGUAGGAUGUCACCACCGCAGUUUGCUUCAUCCAACAACGAUAUCAUUGAAGUGAGGCCUCAAAUCCCAAUGCAAAACGAUCACUUUGAGCCACAUUCCUUCAAGAGGGCAAGAAUUGCUGAUAACAAUCCCCCUCCUAGUGGAUUGAUGUGCCCUCCUUCAAGGAUGAUUCAGCCUCCACCAAACCGAGGAACAAGCAGCAUUUUUUUCAAGACCCGAAUCUGCACUAAGUUCAGGUUUGGUACUUGUAGAAACGGUGAAAAUUGCAACUACGCUCACGGGGCUGAUGAGAUAAGGCAGCCACCGCGGAAUUGGCAGGAGCUGGUUGAUCCUCGCAACGAGGAACGACAUCAGGUGGAGACAAGGCAGCAACCACCAAAUUGGGAUGAAGAUCAAAAAAUCAUUCACAAGAUGAAGCUGUGUAAGAAGUAUUACAUUGGUGAGGAAUGUCCUUAUGGUGAUAAGUGUAGCUUUCUUCAUGAGGAUCCUGCUAGGUUUAGGGAUGCUUCUUGGAAAACAAGAGAGUGUUCUGCAAUAAGCGUUGGAAAUAUUGGUUCUCCAAAGUCUUUUGGGUAUGGUUCUAACAAUUUGGAAGGCAUUAGGGCUGUGAACAAGCCAGCAAGGAGUGCUUAUUGGAAGACUAAGCUGUGUCAAUGGCAGCAUACAGGGAGCUGUCCCUUUGGGGAGACCUGUGACUUUGCUCAUGGAGAAGCAGAGUUACAAGCUCCUGGUAUGGGCAUUGAAGCUGAAGCUGCAGUUGCCAUAGUAAACUCAACAAAAUCUAUCAUUCCAACUUCACCAAAAGCCUCAACAGGUAUUGCCAAUGAUUCUACUACUACCUUCACCGCAAGUCUACUCAUGACAAAGGAUGAGGAGCAGGAUAAGAAGAAGCACUUACUUAGGUUGAAAUUAGGCAAGAAGAUCAAUGGUAUUUAUGGUGAUUGGAUUGAUGAUUGACCACUUGUUUUUCCCAACUUGCCUAGUGCAAUGGAGACCUGAAGUGAACUUUGUGCUCUUGGAAACACCCCCUCAUCUGUAUAAGGAUUUUGUGAACAUGGUCAUUGGUGAUGGUGAUGGUGAUGGUGAU